AUGGCUUUAACGGUAUUUUUAUUUAAAGUUGUUAAUCUUGAAAUAGGAAAUAAUAAAAUUGAUCUAUUGAAUGAAAAUCAAGAACAAGCAACACCAUUAAUUACUGAUGAUAAUUUAACAUUACUUUGUGCUAAAGUUAUAUUUCGAGGAAUUCAUCUUUGGUCAAAUAAUGUUCCAAUACAAAAUGGAACAGCAAAUUUUAUUGCACGUGGAAAUAAACCAAAAAAAUUUCAUUUUAAUUUAGCAACUAUGUUAUUAUCUGAUGAGAAAAUACGUAUGGAAUUUUAUGCAAUAAAUGUGAAAAAAAAUCGUAAGAAAAUGAUUGCAAUUUUUGAAAUAAUGCUUGAAACAUUAAUCGAUGCAAAACAUAUUGAUUUACCUGAAGAAUAUUUAUCGGAUCCACAUCAUUAUUUAAUGAAAUCAACUGUACAACUUAAACUUUAUUAUACGCCACCAAGUAUUGAUAAAAAAGGAGAUCUAUUAGAUCGACUUGAUGAAACAACUGACACAAUCAAUUGGAUGGAUCGAUUUGAUGAUGGUGGUCGACAUGGUGGUCAUCGACAUAGAUAUAUUAAUUCAAAAUAUAAUACUGGAUUUAACAAAUUACGUACGAAAUUCUCUGGUCGUGCAGAUGAUGCUGAUUCAGAUUCAUUUAGUGAUUCUGAAUUUGGUAGUAAUGCAAAUUAUAAUGAACCAUUAUUGGCAAUGACUCGCGAAGAUAAAUUAAAGAUUAAACACAGUGAACUUGAAUUACUCGAAAAAAGUUUGGGACGAUAUGAAGGUGAUGAAUAUCAAAUGACACAAUGGCAAGUUAUGGUUAAUAUUAUACAAGGACGAGAUUUUGCUGGAAUUGAUAUUAAUCCAUAUGUAUGUGUUCAAAUUGGUGAUCAAAAACGAUAUACUGGAAUACAUAAAUGUAAUAAUUCACCGUACUUUGGAGAAGUUCAUCAUGCAAAAAAACUAAUAAGUACAUUUACUGAUACAAAACCAAUUGGUAUAUUUAAAGUUGAUGUAGCAACAGUUUAUAAUGAAGAAGAACAUGUAUUUGAACGAAAAUGGGCUAAAUUAAUUAAUCCAGAUUCUAUCAAAGCAUCUUGUGGUCAUUUACUUGUUUCAGUUGCAAUUGCACAACGUGGUGUUACAACAAAAAAUAUUCUUGGUGAAGCUGUCGAAGAUGAUGAUGAAUUAAAACCAUCAAAAGAAUUUAUACCAGCUGCUAUGCCUCGACGUCUUUUUCCAGUUCAAUUUAAAAUAACAUUUUUUGCAGCAACUGAAUUACCUGAAAUGAUGACUGAUUUUUUAACAACUGUUUCAAAGAAAAUUCUUGCUUCUGAUGAUUGGGAACCAGUUGAUCCAUAUAUUGAAGUAACAUAUAAUGCAAUACAAGCAACAACAAAUUAUUGUAAUGGUUCAUCACCUGUUUGGGGUGAAGCACUUUAUUUAGUUGGACAAUUUCCACCACUUGUACGAACAAUAAAAAUAGCACUUAAAGAUCAUGCUGCUGUUCAAAAAGAUCGUACAAUAUCAUCAUUUUUAAUUGAUCUUUUUUCCAUAAGUGAAAGUAAUCCAUUAGCUGGUUUUUUACCAAUAUUUGGUCCAACAUGGAUGUUUUUAUAUGGAAGUCCAAGAGAAUAUACUAUGAAUAAAGAUCAAGAUGGUCUUGGAGAACGUAUGGGUGAAGGUGUUUGUUAUAAAGGACGUUUACUUAUGGAAAUAGAAUGUCAUCCAAUAAGUGGUGAAAAUGCAUCGAAUAUGAAUGUACAAAAAGAAAGUGGAAUUCAAUUUCCUGAAGCUCAUAUAUUUCCAAUAAAACGUACAUUUAUUUUAUUUGGUUGCAUUUAUGAUGUAACAAUGAUUGAUAAAACAUUUGGUAAUGCAAUAAUUUGUUUUGAAUUAAGUAUUGGUUCAAGUGGAUAUUUAAAUUCACAACAACUGAAUAAUCAUGAAUCAGCUUCAUCAAUAACACGAUCAUAUCCACGUAUACCAAUUGAUAAUAAUGUACAACAUUUUCGUUUACCUAUUGAUUUACAAAAACCAAUUAUAUUUACAAAAUAUACAUUUUAUGAUUAUACUUAUCGUAUGACUUUAUCAAAUCGAUUGAAAAAUGCAGCUGAUUAUAUGUUUAAAUUAAUACGAGAAUUUGAAUUUAAUAUCAAUUCAAAAUUAUCAGAUGAAAUUUUAAUAGAACAAUAUCGAAAAAUGGAAGAAUAUGUUCAUACAUUACCAUGUGGAUGUGGUCAACAAAAAACUACUAAUAAUAAUAAUUUUAAUAUAACAGGUGGAGUUCAUGCAACUCUAUCUGAAGUAUUAAAUUUUUCAUUACCAAAUCUUCGAAUGAAUUCAUUAGAUGAAAAACGACGAAAAAAAAUUUUACAUAAUUUAGAAUUAUUAAAAAGUUGGAUUACAAAAGAUGUUGAUUUUGAUGAAACAAAACGAUUUGAAAUAAUUAAAAAAUUAUAUAAAAUAGCUCGUGCACUUCGACGAAUGGCUUUUGACGUACAACCAUCAUUACCUGAUAUAUUUUUAUGGAUGAUAUGUGAUUCAAAACGAGUAGCUUAUGCUCGAUUAUCACCAGAAGAUCUUCUUUAUAGUACAUGUGAAGGUGAAAAAGGUUUAUAUAAUGGUCGAAUACAAACACUCUUUCUUCAAACACCACGUACAUCAGAUAAACCAAUAAAAUCAUCAACAAAUGCUAAAAUACAAAUAUUUCUUUGGCUUGGUAGUGAAGAACAAGAAUUAAAUAUAUUUAAACAAUUACCUGCUGGUUUUGAAAUGCCACAAUUAAAAUUAUCUAAUGAUAUCAAAUAUAUACAAUAUAAUGGAAUAUCAUAUUAUGAAUUACGAUGUCAUUGUUAUAAAGCAAGAUCAUUAAAUGCUUCAGAUGAAACUGGUUUCUCUGAUCCAUAUUUGAGUAUUACAGCUGGAAAUGAAACACAAACAACACCUAUUCUCAAAGAAUCACUAUGUCCACAAUGGAAUAUAACAUUGGUCUUUCAAAAUUUGGUACAUGUUGGAAAUCGAGAAACAGCUGAACAAACCAUUGGAAAUGUUGUUGUUGAAUGUUAUGAUUAUGAUGAAUCGGAUGAAGGAUCUGAUUUCAUAGGUCGAUUUUCGACAACAGCUAAACUUGAUCUAUUUGAUGGAGAUAAAACAAAAAAAGAAUCAUUAUUUCAAUGGUAUGAAUUUAAAUUUGGUGAAAAAAGAGCUGGAGAACUUUUAGCUGUAUUUGAACUCAACGAAGUUAAUCCGGAAACUCGACAAGUUGAUUCAAUAUUUAAUCUUGAAGAAAUUGAAAUAAUACCAGAUAAUUUUCCACCUAAUUUAUAUAUAAUUAAAUUAAUGAAAAAUAAAAUUUAUAAUAUUCCAUAUAUAAUUAUACCUGAUUUAAAACCUUAUGAAAUCGAAGUUAUGUUUUGGGGUUUACGUGAAUGUCGUCCAAUUAAUUUUCAAUCAAUUCAACAAGCUGAAGUAUCAAUCGAUUGUGCUGGUGCACGUAUAACGAAAAUUAUAAAAGAUGUACAAAAAUAUCCAAAUUUUGAAUCAACACCUAAGGAUUCCGAUAUCUACAAAAUUAUAGUUAAUUUACCAAAAGAUAAUAAUUUUUGGCCACAUUUAAGUAUUUCUUGUGUACAACAUCGUCUUUUUGGAAUGAAAGAACCUGUAGGUAAUCUUGUCGUAACUGAUUUACAAAAAUAUCUUGAAAAACCAAAUAUUCCUUCAAUAUCAAAUAAUACAUCGGAAACAGAAUCAGUUAAUGAAAUAUCAAAAAGAAUUCCAUAUGAUCUUAGCCGUAUUCGACGAUCGGUCUAUGAUGCUUAUGAAGCUACGUUAAUUAAUGAAAAUAAGGAUUUCGUAAAGACAAAAAUAUCAACAUUCGAAAAUGAAAUAGGUCAAACAAAAAAUCUUAAUGAAAGUCAACAAAUAAUUAUUAAUGCUGAUUCAUUGGCACAAGAAAAUAAUAAUGAAGAUGAUGAAAAAGUCAAAAGAAAAAGACAAAAUUCAAAUGAUUCUGACAUUAAAUUAGAAUCAUCUAUUGAUAGUUAUCAACAAUUAACAAGUUUAGAUAGAUCAAAACGAAAUCAAAUGGAAAAAUCAGCUACUUGGUGGAGUAAAUAUUAUGCAUCAAAAGCAAAACUUAGAUUAGAAAAAAAAGUCAAAACAGAUUUAGAUGAAGGACUUCAUUUUAGUUAUAAUGUUUAUGCUGAUUUUUUUGAAGAUGAAUCAAAAGCUCUUGCUAAACAACGUUGGGCAUUUUUGAGUAAAGCUAAAAAAGCUUUUAUGCGUCUUGGAAAAUUUCGUAAAGAAUUUGAACGUUUCGCUGUUCAUGAAUUAGGAUAUCUUGGAGAUCAUUCGAAAUUCAAAUCAGUUAUUGAUGAAAGUUUAGAUAUUAUUGAAACUGAUCGUCUUAAAGAAUUAACAUUAUUACAAACAUUUGAUAUAAUUGAAAAUGAAUUAGAAAAUAUUCAGAAUUAUGAAGGAUUUAAUGAUUGUCUUGAUAAAUUUCCUUUAUAUAAAGGAAAAGGUACAAAUCGUUCAGAUGAAAAAGGAGAUGAAAAUCGUGUUUAUACAAAAUUUAAGGGAAAGCUUCGUAUUCGUGAAAUUCCAUCAAGUGAACGUAGUAGAACUUCAGAAAGUAUUAGUAGAAUGUCUAUUAAUCCAGUUUUACUCAAUAGUCAAACAGUAUCCGAAACAAAGCAAAAACUAGAUCCAACUAUUCAUUUAAAUCAAGAAAUGCUUCAAUUUGAUUUGAAUCAACAUCCAAUUACACUUAAAUGUCGAUUGUAUAUUAUUAAAGCAUUAUUAUUUCGUGCUUGGGAUGCAUCGGGUAAAGCUGAUCCAUAUAUUAAAAUAUUAUUGAAUAGAGAUAUCAUUAUUGAUGAUGUUAAAGAAAGACUUUAUAAUACAUUAGAACCUGUUUUUGGAAAAUCUUAUGAAUUUGACAUAACAAUUCCUCAACAAUCAUUAUUACGUAUACAAGUUUGGGAUUGGGAUUUAGCAAAUUUAGAUGAUAGAAUUGCUGAAACAAGUAUUGAUAUUGAAAAUCGUUGGUUUUCAUGUCAUAGAGCAACAUGUGGUUUACAAAAAAGAUAUGAUAGUGCUGGUUAUAAUGUUUGGCGUGAUACAAAAACACCUGCUGUUAUUUUACAAGACUUAUGUCGAACAACAAAUUUAAAAUUACCAGUUUAUGCAACAGAUUGUCGUUCAGUAAUUAUUGGUGAUGUACGUUUUGAUUGUGAUCCAGAAUGUGUUCAAUUUAUAAAACAUGGAAAACCAAAUGAUUUAUUACAUCGUAAAGUUCAUCAUGAAUCACCAGAUGAAUAUAUUCGACAAAAUACAGCAUUAACUGCACUUCACGGAUGGGCUAUUAAAAUAAAUCCAAAAGGUGCUUUAGUAUCUGAACAUAUUGAAUGUCGAUCACUUUUUGAUCCAAAAGUUCCGGAUGUCGAACAAGGCAAAUUGGAGAUGUGGUUAGAUAUAUUUCCAAUGUCUCGUCCACCAUCUAGUGCACCCGUUGAUAUAACACCAUUAAAACCAAUGGCAUAUCAAUUACGUGUAACUAUUUGGAAUACAUCAGAUGUUGAAUUAAAUGAUGAAAAUUUUGUAACAGGAGAAAAAACAUCGGAUAUAUAUGUAAAAGCAUGGGUUUUAGGAGAAAAAGAUGAUGGACAACAAACUGAUAUUCAUUAUCGAUCAUUAACAGGCGAAGGCAAUUUUAAUUGGCGAUUUAUUUUUGAUUUUAAUUAUAUAGAUAUUGAAGAAAAAAUAGUUCAUGAAAAAAAAGAAUCAGUUUUUCAAAUUGGUAAUACAUUGAAAAAACUUCCACCAAGAAUUGUUAUUCGUGUUUAUGAUGCUGAUCUUUUUUCAGCUGAUGAUUUUCUUGGUGAAUGUAUUCUUAAUCUAACACAUUUACCAAUUGGUUCUAAAAUGUCGAAAAAAUGUAAAUCAGAUAUUUUACUUGAUUCAAAACAUCGAGCAUUAAAUUUAUUUGUAAACAAACGUAUUGCUGGUUGGUGGCCAAUGAUUGCUCCAUUGAAAGUUGGAGAAGUUCGUGAUACAGCUCUAUUAGGAGGUAAAGUUGAAGCUGAAUUUAGUCUUCUUACAGCUGAAGAAGCUGAAAAAAAUCCUGUUGGUAAAGGACGUGAAGGACCACAACCACUUGAUGAACCAAAUCGUCCAAAAACUUCAUUUCUAUGGUUUACAUCACCAUGGAAAACAUUUCGAUAUGUUAUUUGGCGUAAUUUUCGAUGGACAAUACUUAUUGGCAUAAUUAUAUUUAUAUUUGUUCUUUGUCUAUUAAUUGGUUUAUGGUCAGUGCCAGGAGAAUUAGUUGGCAUUGUAUUAAAUAAAAUUUUUAAAACAAAUACUGGCAAAAAAUAA